GCUGGGGGAGGCCAUUUAUACCCCUCCCCCUGGGCCCACCAGCCCAACUCGCUGCUGCCCGCCUGACCUCGCUCCCAGCACUGCUGCCCAGACACUAGGCUCUAAGCCCAAGACUCAGGAUGGGGGAUGAGGAGAAGCGCAACAGGGCCAUCACGGCCCGGAGACAGCACCUGAAGAGCGUCAUGCUCCAGAUCGCGGCCACGGAGCUGGAGAAAGAGGAGAGCCGCCGUGAGACGGAGAAGCAGAACUACCUGUCAGAGCACUGCCCCCCGCUGCACAUCCCCGGCCCCAUGGCCGAGGUGCAGGAGCUCUGCAAACAGCUGCAUGCCAAGAUCGACGCGGCCGAGGAGGAGAAGUACGACAUGGAGAUGAAGGUUCAGAAGAGCACCAAGGAGCUGGAAGACAUGAACCAGAAACUGUUCGACCUGAGGGGCAAGUUCAAGAGGCCCCCGCUGAGGAGGGUGCGCAUGUCAGCCGACGCCAUGCUCAAGGCACUGCUGGGCUCCAAGCACAAGGUGUGCAUGGACCUGCGCGCCAACCUGAAGCAGGUCAAGAAGGAGGACACCGAGAAGGAGCGGGACCUUCGCGACGUGGGCGAUUGGAGGAAGAACAUAGAGGAGAAGUCCGGCAUGGAGGGUCGCAAGAAGAUGUUCGAGACCGAGUCCUAGGCCCCCCACUGCCCACCAUGGCCUGGCCCGGUGCUCCCAGCUCCCAGGAGAGCAUGCAGGAGGGGAGGCCGAUAGAACUCCACCUAGGAGGACCCGGCUCAUCUCGGUUGUCAAUAAAGGAUUCCAAGCCCCGUGA